AUGCCUUCUGCACGACCCGGUAGUCUAAAAGAUCCCGAAAUAGCCGAUUUAUUUAAUAAACAUGAUCCGGAGAAAAUAUUCGAGGAUUUACGGGAGAUCGGUCAUGGAUCGUUUGGGGCCGUGUACUACGCCCGAUGUAAUCUCACCAAAGAAAUUGUGGCCAUCAAGAAGAUGUCCUAUGCCGGGAAACAAAGUUUAGAGAAAUGGCAGGACAUUUUAAAAGAAAUUCGAUUCCUCCGUCAAUUGAACCAUCCGAACACGAUCGAAUACAAAGGUUGUUACCUCCGAGAGAACACAGCAUGGCUCGUUAUGGAAUAUUGUGUUGGAUCCGCAUCGGAUAUCAUCGAAGUGCACAAGAUGCCUCUCCACGAAGAAGAGAUAUCAGCAAUCUGUAAUGGCGUUCUUGGCGGAUUGAGUUAUCUACAUAGUUUGGGAAGGAUACAUCGUGAUAUCAAGGCCGGAAAUAUUUUAUUAACGGAACUUGGCAUUGUGAAAUUGGCUGAUUUUGGUAGUGCUGCUAUUAAAUGUCCAGCUAAUAGUUUCGUCGGAACGCCUUACUGGAUGGCUCCUGAAGUGAUUUUAGCGAUGGAUGAAGGGCAAUAUGAUGGUAAAGUUGAUGUUUGGUCGUUGGGUAUUACAUGCAUAGAACUAGCUGAAAGGAAACCGCCAUAUUUCAAUAUGAAUGCCAUGUCCGCUCUUUAUCAUAUCGCUCAAAAUGAUUCACCCUCAUUGCAGGCGGAAGAGUGGUCUGACAUAUUUCGAAACUUUGUCGAUUCAUGCUUAAAGAAAUCACCGGUUGAUCGACCAACAUCCACAAAACUUUUAACUCACGCGUAUAUCACUCGACCGCGACCAAAUACUGUUCUAAUUGAACUGAUAGCACGUACUAAAGCGGCCGUAAGGGAAUUGGAUAAUUUAAAUUAUAGGAAAAUGAAAAAAAUUCUAAUGGUUGAUAACUGCGAGACUGAAAGUGCAAUGGGUGAUGCUGAUGACACACCAGACGAACAAGCGGGCGGAGACAGUAGUAAGAGUAACAGUAUAACGUCGGAGCAUUCUAUACAUUCGGUUGGUGUAUCAGCGGCCAGUAGUCAAGUAAGUUCUUCAUCGAAUUCAAUACCACAUGGAAUGGGUGGUCCUCAUCAUACCAGCGGCUAUCAUCAAGGUGGCGCCAUAUCAAGAAACUCCUCACGUCUUCGUAACUUACCACCACUGCCUAACAUCCCGCACAUGAAUAAUAAUAUAACUCCAACGAAUUCCACAUCGGCAAUUGCUAUGGUUUCGGGACAAAAUGCGAUCAUGCAAAAUCCUGGAGGUUUUGCCCCCUCACCGUCUGGUUAUCCACAUCAAAAUCAUGCAACACAACAGGCCAUUUCGAAUGCUGUUUCGGAGCAUGGAACUAACAACUUUGCCACCAUACGAACGACAAGUAUUGUUACGAAGCAGCAAAAGGAACAUAUGCAGGAAGAAAUGCAUGAACAAAUGUCUGGUUACAAGCGAAUGCGACGCGAGCAUCAAGCGGCGCUCCUUAAACUAGAAGAAAAAUGUAAAGUAGAAAUGGAAGGCCAUAAGGCAGCACUGGAUAAGGAAUAUGAUAUGCUUUUGCAUAAUUUCACCAGGGAAUUGGAAAAGCUUAAUGCUAAACACCAACAAGAGUUAGAACGUCGUGUUAAGCAGAAUAAUGCAGCCGAGAAGAAACUGUUCAAGGAGAUUUCCUUGAAACAAGAAGGUGAUAGGAAGGCAUUCGAUAUGAAUCGCAAGAAGGAAUACAAAGCCAACAAAGAGCGUUGGAAACGUGAAUUAUCCAUGGAUGAAUCGACACCAAAACGGCAACGUGAUUUAACGUUGCAAUCGCAGAAGGAUAACUUGAAGCAGGCCGAGGCGCAAGAAGAGCAACGUUUGCUUCGGGUGCAGAAACAGUAUAUCGAUUUGGAAAUGAGAAAGUUCAAGAGGAAAAGAAUGAUAAUGUUGCAUGAGUUGGAGAAUCAACUGCUGAGAGAUGAAUUGAGUAAGAAGCAACAGCAGUUGGAACUCGCACAUGGAAUGCUCCUGAAACAUCACGAAAAGACUCAAGAAUUAGAGUAUAGGCAGCAGAAAAGUGUACAUAACUUAAGGGAAGAACAGAUAUUAAAACAACAUAACACCGAGUUGCAGAAUCAAAGAGAUUAUAUGGUAAGGGCUGAGAAAGAGUUGCUCAGGAAGCAUGCCCUUGAAUUAAGACAGCAGCCAAAGAGCUUGAAGCAAAAGGAAUUGCAAAUACGUAAACAAUUCCGUGAGACAUGUAAAAUCCAAACUCGACAAUAUAAGGCAUUGAAAGCGCAAAUAUUGCAAAGUACACCGAAGGAGCAACAGAAAGCUGUGAUAAAACAAUUGAAGGAGGAGAAACACCGUAAAUUGACACUGUUAGGUGAUCAGUAUGAACAAAGUAUUGCUGAUAUGCUACAGAAACAGAGUCUUCGAUUAGACGAAAGUCAAGAAGUUGAGUGCCAACGUUUGAAAGACUUGUUGCAAUAUGAGCUUGACAUUCUGAUGGCUUAUCAGAGCAAAAAUAAAAUGCAAGCGCAAGCGCAGCGUGAUAGAGAACGUAAGGAAUUAGAGGAUCGAGUUAGCGUAAGGAGAGCGUUACUUGAGAGCAAGAUGGAGGCUGAGUUACAGCAGUUCAACAAUGAGCGGGCCGAACGAAUACGGUGCAUGCAUGAGAAGCAUGAAAAAGAGCUAGAAGCUUUCGAUGAAGAGUCGGCCAGGAUGGGAUUCAGUGCCCUAGCUUUAGCAGAAGCCUCAAAAGAAACUUAUCCGGAUGAAGAGGGAAGUUUAUCCGGUUCAAUGAUCAGUCUUGCGCACAGUAAUAGCUCAACAAGUUUUCCAGCAGGUUCGCUAUAGCAGCCGAAACAUAAAUAUUAUUAUCAUGAUAGCGAUGACGAUGGCGACGACGAUGAUGAUAACGGUAACCACAACAUAAAACUAGAUACAAUCAAAUAGUUUGUGAACGGAAUGUAGGAUGUCAGCGCGUCUUCGGUGUAAUAAAAAGAAAAUGAAACUCUAGUAAUAAUAGAAUUAAUGCAAUGGCAUAAACAAAACAACAACUACAAAAUAUUAUACACAACAUACACACUUUUUUACUACUAUUACCACCAUACAUCCACAAAAAAAAAAAUAGAUAUUUAAAAUAAAAAAAAGUAUUUAUGUGAAACUGCUAAAGAAAACGACAAAACAAGAUCAAAUUAAUUUAUGCAAUUAAUUGAUUACUUACUGAGAAUAUUUUACAAUUAGGAAUGUGUUAAUAGAAAAAACAAAAGAUAAAACUCUAAGAGCGGAUAAGAUGAUAAAAAUCGAAAUGAAAGGAGUGAAACAUUAUCCAUUCCUAUGCCUUUCGAUUGCGCAGCAAUCGAUCGAUUUACGUGAGUAUACCAUUUCCCUAAGUAGAUAAUUUUCAGAUGGAGAUUUUCAAGACUCUGAAUUGAAUUUUAAUGCAAUAUGGAAGAAACCAGUACAAAUACGAUACUAUUCACAUAUGACCUAUAAAUCAUUUAUACUCUCAUCAAUAGAUUAUUUUACUCAUAGCUGGUUUCUAUCACGUUCGGCUAGUUGGGGUUGACUAUCAAAUGUUGAUUGAGUUUUUUUGGGGAUGAUGCCUGGGACAUGAUAAAGAUAUCUUUCUCUACUCAGAGCGCAGUCUAUGCGGAUUCUUAAGAUAUUGCCAUGGAUGUUACGUAAGUAUUGAGUUUUUCUUCUAAGCAAUUUUAUGGCGCGUUUUGAUGGCCAGCUAUCCAUAUAGGGCAAGGUUAUCACUUUAAACUCAAAGAUCUUAUUAAAAGGAGAAUUAAGCAUGAAUUGUCAGAGGAUAGUGAAAUGUUUGUGUGUUUCUAUGACUAUAUCUUUGGUGAUGCUUUUCGUCACCCAACUAUAGAAUAUUCUAAAUUGUUUACAGAACCUCAUAGUCGAACAUUGCAAGAAAAACAGUAUUUGCACUCAAAUAAAACACAAUACCGCGAUAAUUUUUGUAUGUAAUUAGGUAAAUUAUCCUCUUUAGAUUUGUAACAUUUUAAUCUUAGUUGCUUCUAAUCAAUGAGGGGAAAUAGCACGUAAAUCGAUGGACUAUUGCAUAUAAAUAGACAUACAGCAUCCCAUAUAUAAAUUAACUAUAUAUAAUUUAGAUAUAAAUUAAAUUAAUUAAAAAAAAAAUUAAAAAAAGAAACAAAAUGGAAGCAGCGAUAUUUGUAUAAUUUUCUACCUUCUCAUGCUUUAUAAAUAAAAACGAUUGAAAGAUGAAUUACAAAACGAUAAACAGAAAAAUACGCAGUAGUCAGCAAACUGUAAUAGAUUGUUUUAAUGAAGUAGGAAAAAAACCAUCAAAAGUAAUAUGAAAAAAAAAGAGAAAGUAAAGAUCAAUUCGUAACUGCAAAUAAAAGAAUUUAAUCAAUUUUAAAUAAUUAUAAUUAUUAAAAUAUAAUGUAUUAAAUAGCUAAUAAUUUUUUAGAUAUUUAUUAUUAUUACAAUAAUAUGUAAAGUGUAAGAAAAACGACUACAAGAAAAGUAUGAAAUAAUACAAAAUAAAAACACAUUUAAUAAUAGACUAUUAAUCUAGCUGUUAUAAAAAGUAACCAAAAGGACAAAAAACACAAAAAUGUCACGAGAUUGUUCGUUUUUAGUACUCAUAGUGAUGAUUCUUUUUUUUUCUGUUCAUUUUUGUUCCAUAAUGCCACUCCCUCCCUUUGCUUUCUUUACUUUCUAGUAUUGCACCCGCAACAUUAAAUCAACAAAGUGUAAA